UAGCAGAGCUAGUGCUUCAAAGGGCUAACGUGACGCAUGUCCCGGGACACGGGGGCUGGACCGGACCCGGGCCGGGCUCCGGUGGCCUUCGGGCUCCGGGCCGUGCCGCGGCUGUUCGAGGAGCUGCAGCAGCCGGGCAGCCGGCGCCGGGCUCUGGCUUCUCUCUGCGGCCUGAUGCUGGACCCGGAGCGGCUCCACCAGACCGUCAGUGGAGGUUUCCUGGAGCAGCUGAAGGUUUUGCUAAAGGAUGAAGAUCCGUCAGUCAGAGGAGAAACCUGCAAACUGCUUCACCUGCUGAGCGGCCAACGUGUCGGCAGGGAGGCGCUGCUCUCCUCCUCCCUCCUCCCCCCCCUCUCUCAGCUCCUGGACGACCACUCGUCCUCCUGCAGGACAAACGUCCACCGGGUCCUGAACCGUCUCACCCUGUUGCCUGCAGGUGCAGACGCUCUCCUGUCUCUGGUUCCUAAACUGAUGCUGAAGCUCAAAGAGGAAGAGGAGGAAGAGGAGGUGCAGGUGCUCCUCCUCUCUACCCUCAGCUGCGUCUCCAGGCUGGACGCUCUUCCAGCUCUGUCCUCUGAUGGCGUCUCGCUGGUUGGACACAAACUGUCCCACCGCUCGCUGAGCGUCCGCAGAGAGGCGGCUGCAGCCAUGAUGGCCCUCAGUGUUCCUGAGGACGGGAAGCGUCAGGUGUGUGAGAAGGCGGUACUUCCUGUCGUGGUCGGGCUGCUGCAGGAAGAAGACGUUGAGAUUCAGGCCAACGCUGCAGGAGUCAUCAUGUACACAGUGAUCAUCACUGCAGGGAAGCAGCAGUGUCUGGACCUGGACGUCGUCCCCGUCCUCCUCCGCCUGCUCUCCAACCAGAGACGGGAGGAAGACGAGGAGGCGCAGAGGAGGAGGAGGAGGAAGGCCCUCGUCGUGUACACCCUGCGGGCGCUGACCUCGCUGGCUGAGGCUCCAGACGGCCGCCGCCUCCUGCUGGAGCAGCUCCCCCUGCUGGAGAGGCAGAGCGAGGCCACAGAGGAGGACCAGGACAUCCAGCGAGCUGCUCAGACCCUCGUCAGGGCCGUCACCUGGACCCCCUGAGACCCUGAUGACCUCUGACCUCCAGAGCUGACCUGUUGGUUCACCUCAGCCCAGGAAUAAAUAACAUGAAGACUUGAUUCACAGUUUCAUGCUGCACUUUUUAGAGGCGACUGACCGACUGUAAAUAAAGAUGGAAUCAAAGUUUCCGUAGCGCCCCCUGGUGUCUGGUUGCAGUGUAGGUCAUAAACCUCCUCCAUGUUAGCAGAUGGGACUUGAACCAAACUGAAACACAAAG